AUGUUGGGUUUAUGGCCUUCCGUUGGUAUCAGGUACCGUUCCCUUGUCGUCCGCUACUCCGAAUCCCUCGCAGAUCGCGGCUUGAUCCGCUGCCUCAUCUACGUCAGCCUCUUCAACGUGGCUUUGCGGACGGUGUUCUGCUUCACCAAAGAUAUGUGGAAUUCGGGUGAAGACAACGGCUUCCACAAGAUGGAACGCUCGGAGGAUGGGCACCGGGGCAAGAAGGAGAAGCACUUGAAGUCUUUCGACCUCUACAAGUGGAUGAAGCUGAGCGCAACAGAGGUGCUCGAGUUCCUCUUUGAUUAUAUCUACAAUCUCGGGAAGGAAGAGCUGGAAAGCGACGAGGACAUCAAAGUGAAAAUGAUCUUCCAUGCCACUGAGGACCAGUGGGAGAUUCCGGUUGGAGCGGAGGGGAUCAUCAGAAAAACUGCGGGCUAUGGUGCCACGUUCGAAGGAAGCAAGGUCUUCGUGCACUUCCUCAAGGGCAUCAGGCGUGUGGACGAGAGGUCGAGGAGGGACUCAGAGAAAGGCGAUCCCAAGGGAUCUGGAAAGGGUUCCUCCCCGCGCCGGGACCAGGAUCAGAAGAGCUAUAAACUUCCGGUCAAUGGAGUCAAAAUCCCAGUGGAUCCGACUUAUCUCACAGAGAAGAACGAGAAGACUGAUGAUGCGCAGGAAUGGCUUUGGAGAGUUGCCUUUGUGAAGGGAGUCGUAAAUUCCAUGAUGCAGCACACCCUGCGAGGGUCAUCAAGGGUCGAUGCAGCACACCUCUUCUUCCCGGGUAUACGAAUUGAGGUUUCGUGCGGCUAUAUAUAUAUAUAUAUAUAUAUUAUAUUAUAUUAUAUAUAUAUAGGUUGCAGAUGUAUGUGUGUUUACUGUUUACAUUCCAGCAAGGAUGUGAGCACAUCCAACGUGCAUCACAGUUCGUGCCGACGUACGUACGUACGUACGUACGUACGUACGUACCUUUUAUCCAUGCGGCUGUAUGUGUCUAAGUAUUAA